AUGUCAAAUGGCAAAACAGCAAAUGGAACCACCUAUGAGUCAACGAGAGACUCGAGUUUGCCAAAAGAAAGUGGGAACGAUUCCAAUAGUGUUUCUUUGGAAGCGGAUCGAUUGCGUGCUGAAGUUAUGCAAUUAAAAACUGCAGAAGCAGAUGCACGAAUCCAGCUUUCCGUUAGUCAAAACAACGAAAAGCAUGCAAGACAGGAAGCUAUGCAGUUGCGCUCAAGGUUGGAGCAAAUGGAAGCAAGGUACACAACUAUGGAAAAACUCAGGGAUGUAGAUCGUAACUCUUUGUCACAGCUAGAGAAGAAAUAUGCUGAGCUUAUGAACAGGAAGAAUGACGUGGAGCGUGAAUUAAUGGACGAAAGAAAGGCGCGCAAGGAGGAC